GUUGCCACGGCGACGCGCAUGCGCGGUGACGUCACACCCGGAAGCGGCGGGCCCGGCUGCCGGAGGCGCGGAGCGGCCCCGUCCGACCCCCCCCCGACCCCCGGGACCCCUCCGGGACCCCCUCCCGGAGCCCCCCCGACCCCCCCCAGGCCCCGGCCCCGGCCCCGGCCGCGGCCUCUCCGCCGGGACACGGCGCGAUGCCGCCAAGGGAAACUGAGGCUGCAGAAGUGGUACCUGGCCACGGCCGACAAGGACAAGAAGAAGAUGGUGCGGGAGCUGAUGCAGGUGGUGCUGGCCAGGAAACCCAAAAUGUGCAGUUUCCUCGAGUGGAGGGACCUCAAGGUGGUCUACAAGAGGUACGCCAGCCUGUACUUCUGCUGCGCCAUCGAGGGCCAGGACAACGAGCUGAUCACGCUGGAGCUCAUCCACCGCUACGUCGAGCUGCUGGACAAGUACUUCGGCAGCGUGUGCGAGCUGGACAUCAUCUUCAACUUCGAGAAGGCCUACUUCAUCCUGGACGAGUUCGUGAUGGGCGGCGAGAUCCAGGACACCUCCAAGAAGAGCGUGCUCAAGGCCAUCGAGCAGGCCGACCUGCUGCAGGAGGAGGACGAAUCCCCCCGGAGUGUCCUGGAGGAAAUGGGGCUGGCGUAGCCCCCCCCGCGACCCCCCCCAAAUUUCGGAGGACCCCCCCUCAGAUUUUGGGGACCCCCCUCAAAUUUUGGGGACGCCCCUCAAAUUUUAGGGACCCCCCUCAAAUUUUGGGGACCCCCACGGGACCAAUCCCAGCCUGGAAAAGGGGGGAGGGGGCACCCCCCCCCAUGGCCCCCCCAAAUUGUAAAUAUAUCUAUAAGGGGGGGGGGGCCCUAAUUUUUGGGGUCCCCAAAUUUUUUUUUGGGGGGGAGGGGGGUGGUCCCCAAUUUAUUUUUGGGGUGGGGGGGGGUCUCAAUUUGGGGGUCCCCCCCCCCCAAAUUGGGCACAGACUCUCGGCUGCCUUUUGGGGGGGGGGGGGGGGGGAUUCCUUUAAAGUUUUUCCCCCCCAAAUUUUUUUUUGGGGGGGAUUCCAACCCCCCCAAAAAAUUAUUUGGGGACCCCCCCCCCCCCCAAUUUUUUGGGGAGCCCCCUCCCCCCCUUCAAUUAUGGGACCACGGCGCCCCCUCCCCCCCCCCCCAAAAAAAAAGAAAAAUUUGGAAUAAAAUCUGUGGAGAUUC